UUGUAAAUCAGCAAUUGGACUUGACGCAAUCCAAUUAGUUAGAUCAGUGUUAAGUAAUACAGUACUGUUUAAAAUAUAUGUUGGAAACUAUUGGGGAAAAUAAAGUUCUGCUUUUUUGGUUCCUAUUGAAUCGCGAAUGCGCGAAACACCGUGAACGAGUGAAGAUUCUGACCGAGGAUUCCAUUCUGAUUGGAGAAUGGAAUUGAAAGAGAAGAAAUUUGACUUGUUAAUGGAUUCAUAAACGGGGCCUAAAGUUUUUCUGAUUCAAAAUAAAAGAAUGUGCGUCAAUUGUAUGCGCUUCUCAUUGAGACACUACGUUAUGAUCCGGUGCUUGAGGAGAUAAUAAGCAGCUCACAGAUGCUUCGUGGUCCAAAGAAACUCCCCUUGAACUUGGCCAAGGUUCUGGUAUAUGACUUGUUAUUUGGGAAGGGUGUUCAGUGUGGUGGUCGCUGGAAGGCAACUAUCUUUGCAAACAGGGCUAGACUACAGGCCGAGCUUGCAAAGCUGAAGGUCAAAAAUAAGGUCAGCAGUAAUAAGGAACUGGUGACUUCACUGGGUGGUACUGUUGCUGGGCCCACUAUUCCUCGGUAUGCCCGUGUGAAUACACUUAAGACGAGCAUCAGUGAUGUUGUUGCUUACUUCAAGCGUCAAGGCUAUACCUAUCUUGGUAAGGCACGGAGCAUAGAAGAACUUGGAAAGUUUUGGCAGCAGCCUGGGAAGAAGUUCAUACAGGAUCUCCAUGUCCCAGAUCUGUUGGUUUUUCCUCCUGACACUGACUUUCAUGAGGACUAUUUAUACACAGCAGGACACCUUAUAUUACAGGACAAGGCAAGCUGUCUCCCAGCUAUGCUUCUCUCCCCUCCUGUGGGUUCAUCUGUUAUUGAUGCCUGUGCUGCUCCCGGAAACAAGACAAGUCAACUAGCUGCACUAAUAAAAAACAGGGGAAAAGUAUUUGCAUUUGAUUUGGAUACCAAACGUUUGGCUACAAUGAGCACCCUUUUGCUACGAGCAGGAGUCACAUGUCACGAGCUUGCCAAUAAGGAUUUCCUUACAGUUGAUCCAAAUGACCCGAAGUAUCAAAAAGUUACCCAUAUCUUGGUAGACCCAUCCUGCAGUGGAUCUGGAAUACCAGACCAUGGGAGGGCUCUUGGAGAAGAAGCAGAGAAGACGGACAGACUAAAGGCAUUGUCUGGAUUCCAGCAACGUGCUGUCUCUCAUGCUCUCGGCUUUCCUUCAGUGCAGCAUGUUGUCUAUUCCACCUGUUCUAUCUACCAGCAGGAGAAUGAGGAUGUGGUGAAGAGCAUUCUAGAGCAAAACCCAGACUUCAAAUUAUUGAAUGCACUGACUUCGUGGCCCAUUCGAGGACUGAGUACUUUCCCAGAUGCUAAUUAUUGCCUUAGAGCCUCACAGUCUGAAACACUCACCACUGGCUUCUUUGUUGCAGCUUUCCAGCGCAGGGAUAAGGAGGAUAAACUAAGUCUAGUGCCUACAGAAGCAGAAACAGACAUCCCCAAUUCUGAAAAUGUUAAUGAAUAUUUAAGAAGUGAUGAAACUACAGACUCUAUCAAGAAAUUGCAAAGUGAACAAAAAAGGAAAAAGGAGCUUCCUUUACAAGAUUCAGACUGCCUUACAAAGAAAACGCGGAAAAGAAAGAAACGCAAGAUUUGUUUAUCAUGAAACGCCCAUAUAUUUUUAUAUUUAUAAAGCAGUAAUAACCAUCUUCACAAAUGUUUCAGGUUGGAGAAGUAAAUGUUUUUAAAACAUAGAUUUUUCAUUCGCAAAUACUCUAUGGUCACAUGUGCCACUUUCUGCUGCCUUGGACAAUCACAAAUGAUUCAUUUUAAUUUUCAAAGAAUAAUAAACCUACAUUAUUUUAUAUUAGGAACAGAGAACAAUAAACAUUCUUGCAUAAGUAUGAAAA